AACUGUCUGAUGUCAUAGAUAGUCUACAAGCCACGCUGAACUGAGCUGGGUUGGCGUAUCUUGCGUUAUAAUCGUCGGGUAAUCGGGUUAAUUUCUUGGAAUGUUGUUAUUGUUGUUUUGUGCGUACUUGCCGACUUGCCGGGUGUCAAUAAUGGAGUUGUACUGCGAGGCUAUGCUGCUAUGAAGUUGAAGUUGCUAAGUCAUGGUGAUGUAGAAAUCGCGCAGCGCGCAUAUAAUGCAUCUACUGUGAUGUGAAUGCCCCACGUCAAUGCGAAACGCGCAGCGUUCAGGCGCUCACAGCACAGGAGCCAGCUUCAAACAAGGAUGUUGUGCCCCAGGAAGAAGCGCCUCACUAGGGAUGCAGAUUUCUCUGCCAUUGCGGUGCCAUCGAUGCGGGGGUCUGGGUACCUGGACUACACCAUUGAGACCCACCCCUCCAGAGCCCUGCAGGCCAUGGAGGACUUCAGAAGGCACGAGAUGCUGUGUGACAUCACCCUACACGUCACCUAUAAGGACACGACUGUUGACUUCAAGGUGCAUAAAGUGGUGCUGGCGUCCUGCAGCCCAUAUUUCAAAGCCAUGUUCACCAGCAGCUUUAAGGAGUGCCACGCCUCCGAGGUGACGCUACGUGAUGUCUGCCCCCUGGUGGUAGGGAGGCUCAUUGACUUUGCCUACACCUCACGCAUCACCGUGGGGGAGAAGUGUGUGCUGCACCUCCUACUGGCCGCUAUGAGGUACCAGAUAGAAGAUGUGGCUAAGGCUUGCUGUGACUACCUCACUAAAAACUUGGAGCCUGCCAACGUGAUCGGCAUCGCUCGGUUCGCUGAGGAGAUUGGCUGCACCGAGCUGCACCUGAGGAGCCGCGAGUACAUCAACACACACUUCAACGAGGUAACCAAAGAGGAGGAGUUCUUCAGUCUGUCUCACUGUCAGCUGUUGGAGCUCAUCAGCCAGGACAGCCUCAAGGUGCUCUGUGAGUCAGAGGUGUACAAGGCUUGUACAGACUGGGUGCGAUGGGACGUGGAGAGCAGAGCUCCGUAUCUCCACGCCCUCCUCAAUGCUCUCCACGUCUACGCUCUGCCUCCCAAGUUCAUCAAGAUACAGCUCCAGUCCUGCCCCAUCCUCAGCAAGGCCAACUCCUGUAGAGACUUCCUGUCUAAGAUAUUCCAGGAAAUGGCGUUGAGGAAGCCCCUCCCCCCUGCGCCUCACCGUGGAACGCAGCUUAUCUACGUAGCCGGAGGGUAUCGGCAGCACUCUCUGUCUUCUAUGGAGGCCUAUGACCCUGGUAGGAACAUCUGGCUGAAGCUAGCUGACAUGGGCUCUCCCUGCAGUGGCCUGGGCUCCUGUGUGCUGUUUGGCCUGCUCUACACGGUGGGAGGCAGGAACCUGUCCCUACAGAACAACACUGAGUCCAGUUCCCUGUGCUGCUACAACCCCAUGACCAAUCAGUGGAGCCAGCACGCCUCCCUCAACACCCCCAGGAACAGGGUGGGGGUGGCCGUGGUGGACGGGAGCAUUUACGCCGUGGGGGGGUCCCAGGGGUCCACACAUCAUAACACUGUGGAGAGGUAUGACCCAGAGGCGAACCGCUGGGUGUUUGUGAGCCCCAUGUCAGUAGCCCGUCUGGGGGCGGGGGUAGCAGGUUGCGAGGGGUCUCUGUACGUGGUGGGGGGGUUCGACGGCCAGAACCGCUGGAACACAGCAGAGAGGUUCCACCCCGAUUCCAACACCUGGCACCAACUGGCACCCAUGACCACUGUACGCAGUGGACUAGGUGUGGUGUGUGUGGACUCAUACCUGUAUGCAGGGGGGUAUGACGGUCAUACCCAGCUCAGCUCCAUGGAGAGGUACAGUGUAACCAGAGAUGUGUGGGAGCCAGUGGCCUCCAUGCAGCACUGCCGCAGCGCUCACGGGGUCACCAUCUACCAGGGGCGCAUCUUCAUACUGGGUGGUUUUAACUCCACAGGGUUUCUGUCCAGUGUUGAGAGUUACUGCCCUGACACCAACCAGUGGACGUCCAUCACCAACAUGUUACUAGGACGCAGCGGAAUGGCCGUCGCAGUAACAAUGGAGCCCUGCCCCGGCAACCUGCCCGAGGAGGAAGAAGAAGAGGAAGUGACAUAGAGUUCGAGCGAGGAGACAUGACUCAUCAUAACUCUUUUUGUAUUUGACUCAACAUGGCGGCAGAGCAGGACUUGUUGCAGUAGAAUUAGAAUGAGUAGAAAGUACAAAGCUCUUAGAUCACUUUUAUCCAAAGCCACAAAGUUUGCAUUAAUCAGGAAUGUCUGUUCUGAUCAUUCUAAUUCUAUGUGGAGUCAGUAGGAAGUGGACCAGGGGGAGGAAGUGACCUCACAAUGACUUCAAAGUGACCUCACCAUUAUUAGGGUGCUACAGACAAAGAGUUAGAAAUUAGAUUACUAGAAUGGGCAUGAACCUUCAUAUGAUGCCAUUAUAAGACACUUUGCCUGAAUCACUAAAUGGGCUGUCACCCCCAAACAGAAGACAAUUGCAUUGGUAACAAUUUAUUUUUAAAUGUAUCAACUUAAAUUUAAGGAACACCGAACUUUACAAGACUGACAUGACUUAUUUCGACAACAGCAGCCAUUACACAUUCCAACGGUACAUCAUGAGGUUAGAAUAAGACCUUUCGGCUACAAAGACCCAACUGACUGGAAUCACAGUGAAUUUAAGAGCCAUUUUUCAAAUGUUAAGAACAAACAGUUUGUGUUUUUAAUCAAGACACUGUCUUUCAAAGAUAAUUCUUAAAAAUCAAAAUAACUUCACAGAUCUUAAUGGUAAAAGGUUUAAACACUGUUUCCCAUGGUUGUUCAAUUAACCAUAAACUAUUAAUGAACAUGCACCUGUGG